UGGCGGCGCACUAAUAGUCUGUGGAUUACUAACUAUUACUUAUGUUUUAAUGAAAAAACUCAAUUAACAUGUUUUAUUGCUGUAAACUAAACGUUGUCGCACCAGUGCGGUCGUUGUCGUUUCAUCUGCAAUCCAAUAAAAGAGCAAGUUUAUGGAAACAUUCACGAUUGUAUUUAUCCUCAAAACCCAAUGGAUUCACAGGCUCACGCCAACAUGAGAAUGCCAUCAGUCGCUUGUGGAGCCUCUCUCAGAGAGCCGUGCGACAGUCAACCACGCGAACCCAGUCUAAUGGGGUGACCAUGAAAAUCCUCCUCGCACCGGCAUUGCUUAUGGUACCCGGGCGACUGGUUUGCCAUGUGGCUUACUGCGAGGCAGACGUAAACAGCAACAUCCCGUUUGAGACUGUGACCAAAAAUCCAGAGUUCAAAUGGCACAUCCUGUGGGAGUUUGUGAAGCCUCAGUUGUUUGCGCUCAUGUGUGCUGUACUGCUUGCAUUUGGAGCAGCGAUUUUAAACAUUCAAAUCCCGCUGAUGCUGGGAGAUCUGGUGAAUGUUGUGGCACGCUACCUGAAGGAGCACACUGGAAAUUAUGUCCGUGAGAUACGGGGCCCUGCUUUUAAAUUGCUUGGACUGUACGGCAUCCAAGGUUUGUUGACAAGCGGCUACAUCAUCCUACUAUCAAGGGUGGGGGAAAGAGUUGCGGCGGACAUGAGGAAAACCCUUUUUGCUUCCUUGCUGAGGCAAGACGUGGCUUUCUUUGACGCUACCAAAACUGGACAACUGGUGAACCGUUUGACUGCUGACAUUCAAGAGUUCAAGUCAUCCUUUAAAUUGGUCAUAUCUCAGGGUUUGCGGAGCAUCACACAGACAGUGGGAUGCUUUGUCUCCCUUUACGUUAUCUCCCCAAAACUCACAGGCUUGACAGUUGUGGUCCUUCCCUGUUUAGUGGGGGCGGGGGCUCUCAUUGGCUCCUUCCUCCGCAGACUUUCCCGUUUGGCCCAAGAACAGGUUGCCAAGGCAACAGGAGUGGCGGAUGAGGCUCUGGGAAAUGUACGGACAGUGAAAGCCUUUGCCAUGGAGGAGCGGGAGCUGCAGUUGUAUGCUUAUGAAGUUGAGAAAUCUUGUGAAAUGAAUGAAAAUCUCGGGACUGGGAUAGCAGUUUUCCAGGGACUCUCAAACAUUGCUCUGAAUUGCAUUGUUCUUGGAACUAUUUUUGCAGGAGGUACUUUAAUUUCCAGCAAUGAAAUGUCACCUGGAGACCUCAUGUCUUUCUUGGUAGCAUCCCAGACAGUACAGCGGUCUUUAGCCAGUAUCUCUAUCCUAUUUGGACAAAUGGUGAGAGGAAUAAGUGCCGGGGCUCGUGUUUUUGAAUAUUUGGCAUUGAAGCCUUCUAUUCCUCUUUCUGGGGGAGGACGCAUCCCGUAUCAUUCUCUGACAGGAAGAGUGGAUUUUCUCAACAUUUCAUUCAGCUAUCCGACAAGACCUGGCCAUCAAGUCUUGGAGAGGUUCAACUUAACACUGCCACCGUGCAAAACUAUUGCCAUUGUUGGUGAAUCUGGAGGAGGAAAGUCCACAGUAGCGUCCUUAUUGGAGCGUUUCUAUGAUCCCACCAGCGGCGUAGUAAUGUUGGACGGACUCGACAUUCGAACUCUUGACCUUUGCUGGCUCAGGGGACAAGUUAUUGGAUUUAUCAAUCAAGAGCCGGUGUUGUUUGGAGCAUCCAUCAUGGAGAACAUCCGCUUCGGGAAGCCUGAGGCCACCGACGCUGAGGUCAUCGAGGCCGCCAAGCAAGCCAACGCUCAUCGAUUCAUUACUAGUUUCCCAGAGGGUUACAACACCAUCCUCGGCGAGCGAGGCGUGACGUUAUCAGGGGGCCAGAAACAGCGUGUUGCCAUCGCUCGGGCACUCAUCAAGAACCCCAGCAUCCUGGUGCUGGAUGAAGCCACCAGCGCCUUGGAUGCGGAAUCAGAGCGCGUGGUGCAGGAAGCUCUGGACCGGGCCACUAGGGGACGCACUGUGCUCAUCAUCGCUCACCGACUGAGCACCAUCCAGGGGGCAGACCUCAUCUGUGUCAUGAGCAAUGGACGCAUUGUAGAAGCUGGAACUCAUGUGGAACUCCUGGGCAAGGGCGGAUUUUAUUCGGAUCUUAUCCGAAGACAAAGAGCUGCCGGGGGCCAGAAAUGAACCCUGCCAACGAUGUUUACUGUAGAGCUUAUUUUUACAUGAGUGCAUUUGUUUUAAUUUAAGUGGACCAACUAGACCAACUUGUCAACACCAAAAAACACUACUGAGAAGAUAGUUUACCUUUAUCUAGUUAUAAGUUAUAUGAUACAAUAAACCAAAAUAAAG